GCGGGCCAUGGCCCUUCUGCUGUGCCUGGGCCUGACGGCUUCGCUGGCCCGCGGCUGCCUGCAUUGCCACGGGAACUUCUCGGACAAGUUCACCUUCUACCGCCACCACGUGAACCUCAAGUCCUGGUGGGUGGGCGACAUCCCCGUGUCGGGCUCGCUGCUCACCGACUGGAGCCAGGCGACCAUGAAGGAGCUGCACCUCGCCAUCCCCGCGGAGAUCACCCGGGAGAAGCUGGACCAAGUGGCCAACACCGUGUACCAGCGGAUGGAUCAGCUCUACCAGGGGAAAAUGUAUUUUCCGGGUCGCAUCGACUGUCAGCGUCACUGUGGUGAGUGGGUAGGGACCCGGGCAGGGGGUGGCUCAGGCAGGGGCGGCUGCUUGGGGAGCCGGAGCCCACGUCUGCUGUGUUGCAGGCAUUUUCCUCUACAAGACCAUCUCAUGCACGAACUGCACCGAUUCCCACGUGGUCUGUUUCGGCUACAAUUGCGAGUCCUCGACACAGUGGGAGAAAGCUGUGCAGGGUCUCCUCCAGUACAUAAAUGAGUGGCAAAAGUAAGUCCCCCCACCCGACCCGUGUCCGAGGCUGUGUGCGGGCUUGGCCCCUGCGGGUGAGUCUGCAGCGGGAGACAGGAGCCCAGGCAGCCCUGCUAGAGGCUUGGCUGGAG